AUGGCUGCAUCAAACCAAAUUGACCUUUUGUUAAUCGGUAAAACUGGAAACGGAAAAAGUGCAACUGGAAACAGUAUACUGAGGCGAAAAGCUUUCAAGAGCAGAGCAAGUACGAACUCUGUAACAUCGACAGUUGACUAUGAAGUAUCUGAGUUCAACGGUCGAAUCAUUAAGGUUGUUGACGGCCCGGGUGUAGGGGACACUCGAAUAAACACAGAGGCUGCUGUUAAUCUCGUGAUGACCACUAUGGAAUAUGCAAUCGCUGCCAAUCCUCGAGGUUACCAUGCAUUUCUUUUGAUUGUCAGAUUUGGUGGCAGAUUCUCAGAGGAGGAUCAAGACACGAUUGAUUUCCUGAAGAAAAUAUUUGGUCAGGAUUUUGUCAAAGAAUUCUGCAUACUGGUUUUGACAUGUGGAGAUAACUUUAGGUUUGAAAGUGAGGACAGUGGUAAAAGUUUUGAAGAGUGGUGCAAUGAAGAACAAGGAAAGUUCAAAGAUCUGCUGAAGGAGUGCGACAAUCGAGUUGUGCUCUUCGACAACACAACUAAAGAUCCAGAAAAGAAAAAUAAACAGAUUGAAAAUCUUCUCAAAAUUGUAGACAGUCUGAGCUCUAAAGGUCAAAGAUACAACGAUGACAAUUUUGAGCGCGCUAGAGUACAGAGAAAUACUAUUAUGGUCGAAUUAAAGAAAUCGGCCAUUACAGAAGAAACAAUGACGGAAACAAGUCUGAUUAUAAUGAAGCUUCAAGAACUGCAGGCGACAGAAGACUUAAGAAGCAAAAUUUAUCCAUUAGAGAAACUUCAAAGUAGAGUCGAAUGCUUGCUAGAAUCAGUUUCUUGUAAAGACCGCGCUACUGGAGCCCUCCAUGACCUCAUAUCAACGGUCAAAUCACUCAAGAGCAACAUUAACGAUGACAUAAAAUUAUGCUACAGAAUGAUGGAGGAAAGAGAGAAGAUGAAACGUCAAGAAGAAGAAAUUCGCAGAAAGUAUGAAGAGGAAAUGCAGAUCCUGAAAGAACAGUACGAUCGGAAGGCAAAGGAAGACGCAAAGGUUCUGGAAGAACACAGACGGUAUGAGAAAGAACAGGCAAGGCUAAAAGCAGAAAUGGAAGAAAAAAAUAAACGGGAGAAAGAAGCAUUGGAAAAGAAACAUAAAGAAGAACGUGACAUAAUGCAGACAAAAAGUGAAGAGUUAGAAAAAGAAUAUAGAAAAAUGAAGGAGGAGAAUGACAAGGGAAUAGUUCGUCGAGUUUAUGAAGGUGUUACAUGGCCAUUUAGGGCAGCGGGAAACUGGCUUUUUUCAAAUUAG